AAUACAAAUAUAUAAUAUGUAUAUAAACGUAUAUCCGCCUUUGAAAGGAAUAGUGAUUGAAAGCGGCCAAUGACAAUGAUGAUAUUGGGAGUAUUUUUGCUAUCGGUGCUCACCAUCGUGUGCCCACAGCCGGCUGAGGUUCCCUACGUGACGUCGGUGGAAGCUAUUAAAGAGUUCACAGAACAACUAAAGGAACAAAUACUAUCCAUGGAAAAUAAUGUACCUGAUAUCACCGAUAGUAGAAUUCAUUACGGUGUUCUGUUGACUCAUAUUAUACGUGUUGCUGAGAAGAUGGAACUUGAUGGUCCGAUUUACGACAACGUGUACAUAGACGAAAUGCCAAAGAGCAUAGCUAUUGGCCUCAGUGAGGUGGACACCGUCAUAGAGGUGACAAAAGAGAUUUUAGAAGAGAUAGACCAAGGAACAAGUAAGAUUAAUGAACUCAUAGAAAGAUUAUGCCCUUCAAAUGAUAUGCCUCAAGUCUGCAAUCAAUUGGUACAGCAAGCUGUUAUUGGCGAUCCCGUGAGGUACAACGAGGAAGUAGACUUGCUGCUCUCCGCUGGUGAUAUUGCUCAGGACUUGCUUGAUGCUAAUUUAGUGGAAGUUGCAGAUCGUUAUGAAGAAAUAGCAUUCUUAAUUGAGAACUUGAACAGACUAAGACCUUUGGUGGUUAAAGUUGUUCAUUUGCUAAUGAAGUUGGAUGAUGAUGAUGUAUAAAAUAAAAUAGGCAAUAAAGCAACAGAACUUUA